AUGGCGGCGGCCAUGGCGUGGCUGCGGCGCGGCGCCUGCGGCCCGGCCCGACGGUGCGGGCUGGCGGCCGGCCGGAGCUACAGCGGCGGCGGCGCCUACCCCAGCGUGUCGCUGACGUGCCCGCUGCCCGGCGUGCCCAAGGCCGUGUUCGCGGCGGCCGAGAGCCGGGAGCGCUUCGAGACACGGGUGACGGUGCUGGAGAACGGGCUCCGCGUCGCCUCCCAGAACAAGUUCGGGCAGUUCUGCACCGUGGGCGUUCUGGUGAAUUCGGGAUCGAGACACGAAGCGAAAUAUCUCAGUGGUAUCUCGCACUUCUUGGAGAAACUGGCGUUCUCUUCCACAGCUCAGUUUGGCAGCAAAGAUGAAAUUCUCCUCACCUUGGAGAAGCAUGGAGGCAUUUGUGACUGCCAGGCAUCGAGGGACACCAUCAUGUACGCAGUGUCUGCUGAUGCCAGAGGCCUGGACACCGUGGUCAACUUGCUGGCUGAUGUAACCCUGCAGCCCAGGUUAUCAGAUGAAGAAAUUGAGAUGACCCGAAUGGCCAUAAGGUUUGAGCUGGAGGAUCUGAACAUGAGACCUGACCCAGAGCCUCUCCUGACAGAAAUGAUCCAUGCGGCAGCCUUCAGAGACAACACAGUGGGACUGAACAGGUUCUGCCCCGUGGAGAACACGGACAAAAUCGACCGGGCCGUGCUGCACUCCUACCUGAGCAGUUACUACACCCCAGACAGGAUGGUGCUGGCUGGGGUGGGCAUUGAGCACGAGCACCUGGUGGAGUGUGCCAGGAAAUACCUGCUGGGGGUGGAGCCCGUGUGGGGCUCGGGGCAGGGCAGGGCUGUGGACAGAUCCGUGGCUCAGUACACCGGAGGCAUCAUCAAGGUUGAAAAAGACAUGUCAGAUGUGAGUCUGGGCCCUACUCCCAUCCCAGAGCUCACCCACAUCAUGAUUGGGUUAGAAAGCUGCUCAUUUUUAGAGGACGAUUUCAUUCCUUUUGCUGUGCUGAACAUGAUGAUGGGAGGUGGUGGCUCUUUUUCAGCUGGAGGGCCUGGCAAGGGCAUGUUCACCCGGCUCUACCUCAAUGUGCUCAACAGGCACCACUGGAUGUACAAUGCCACCUCUUACCACCACAGCUAUGAGGACACAGGUCUGCUGUGCAUCCAUGCCAGUGCAGAUCCAAAACAGGUUCGGGAGAUGGUGGAAAUCAUCACCAGGGAAUUCAUCCUCAUGGCAGGAGCAGUGGGAGAGGUAGAACUUGAGAGAGCAAAGACACAGCUCAAGUCCAUGCUCAUGAUGAACCUGGAGUCUCGGCCAGUGAUCUUUGAAGAUGUGGGGAGGCAGGUUUUGGCAACAAACACAAGGAAGCUACCUCAUGAGCUCUGUGACCUCAUCAGUCAGGUGAAACCCAGUGAUAUCAAGAGGGUGGUGACUAAGAUGCUGCACAAGAAGCCAGCAGUGGCUGCCCUGGGUGACCUGACAGACCUGCCCACGUACGAGCACAUCCAGGCCGCCCUCUCCAGCAAGGACGGGCGGCUCCCGCGGCUCUACCGCCUCUUCCGAUAGAGCAGCACCUCCUGCCCGGCCUCAAAUCCCUUCUUUUUUAAUGGUUUUUUUCUCAUUCUCAUGUUGCUGUACCAGCCUCCCUCCCCCCAAUGCUCCCAGGCAUUCUGUGCAACCCUGGAGCUGAGCAAAGCUGCUUUGGAGCACUGGACUGUGAAGAGCUCAUGUAAGGAGCCAGCACUGCCCCUGGAGGAGGAGUUUGACCCUCUGAGUAGGUUACAAGGGCAGAUGGGUGUUGACACCCUUCUCUUGGCUUUGGGGAGAACAGAGCAAGCCAGAAUGUUCAGCACUACAGUGAAAGCACAUCUCUGAGCAGUCAGUCACUGCCUCUUCAUCGCCCCAGCAGUGGAAGUGGGGCUGUCACAUGAGGCCCCACUGUGCCCUUCCUGAGGAACGUGUGGCACCUUAAACAGCUUGGCUUCCAUGUCUGAAUUCAGAGAAUAUUAAUAACUGUUACCAAGGUGAACUAAGACUUGGUCAAACUCAAUUAGGAGAAUAAUAGUUACUGUCCUUGUGAAGUUAGCCAAAAAGUUUCCUGCAAAUCCAGAUUUUGUUACAAAUCAUGGAUCCAUUCACCAUCUGACAAGGAAUCACCCACCUGGGAAUAACUUCAUCAGCUUGCUAUAGUUCCAAGGAAAACAGCCCCAUGACAGAACCAAUUUUCUGUGGAGUUCCUCUGCAAAGGUACUGUACAUAAAGGACACUUACUUGAGAAUGAGGUUGAUCCUAUUCUUUAGGUUUUUCACUUGGACAUGAACUGUGCUAAAGAAUAAAAGUUCUUUUCCUCCAGAGUUGCUUUACAAACAGUUAUUAAAGGAGUUGCUGCUGCCACA